AUGGAGUUCGGAGAGAAGAUACUCAGUCAGUCUUAUGAGGUACAUGCAAAAAAGAAAUAUCGAGAAAGGAGAGGAACACAUCACGAGCUCGAGAAGCGUUUGAUUGAGUGGGUCAGUAAGGUUAGAGAAGCUGGUUUUAGUGUAAAUCCGGGCUUGAUCGUCACGAAAGGGAAGGAGUAUUUAAUGAUUGUGCCUAGAAUUCCUCCUGGUGUGACCCAUACUCCCAUAGGUUGGACCCCGAACCUGAUGGAUGUAGAUGAGUUUGAUGAAAUACGUGCAAGCAAAAAUACUGAACAAGCUGUAUCUCUUGGUGAUAUUGAUAGUGAAAGUGAACAAGUGGAGAGUUACACGUUUGCAUCACAGUACAAUGAUCAGGAAGGGAUAUCCGACACGGAGAGACUGCAAGAAUUACGAGAUAGCUCACUAGGAGAAGCAACUAAGUGGGUUGAAGAUGUAUUGGAAUACUCACACCAACUCUCAGAGGCAGGGAAUGUGAAAGGUUGGAGCUACGACAAGAAUUGCAACGUAUGCAACGCGAAUUUGAUAAAGCGCGACUGGAGAGUUAAAGGCAAGGGCGUCGUAGACGCGUGGGAAACUGACGAUGUCACUAGUUCACCACCACCAACAACAUUCCACCCUGCCGCGAUUGUUUUGGCCCUUCGUUCUGAGUCAGAAAUCUUUGAUGUGUCUCAGUAA